GAAAAAAUAAAUGAAAUUAAAGUAGUAAUAUUAAAAUGGUGAGAUAAAUUUAUAAGAGAGAACCACAAUCACCCGUUUCCUUCCUACAACAACUUCACAGAGUUUGAUCUUCCUUCCUUCCAUGUCCACUCACCAACAAGAUAUGUCUCUCGUCACGUCCACUCCGAUCAACAACGGCAAUCAAAUCUUCCCAGAGAUCGAGAUGUCCGGCGACUCCUCCUCCAUCGUACGAGCAACCGUCGUCCAGGCAUGCACCAUCUUCUACGAUACUCCCGCCACGCUAGACAAGGCUGAGAGGUUACUUGCCGAGGCGGCGGAUAACGGGUCACAGCUCGUGGUGUUCCCGGAGGCGUUCAUCGGCGGAUAUCCUCGCGGCUCCAGCUUCGAGUUGGCCAUCGGUGCUCGGACGGCUAAAGGAAGAGACGACUUUCGCAAGUAUCUUGCUUCUGCUAUUGAUGUUCCCGGCCCUGAAGUGGAACGUAUGGCGGAGAUGGCUAGGAAGUACAAAGUGUUCUUGGUUAUGGGUGUGAUUGAGAGGGAAGGUUAUACGUUAUACUGCUCUGUCCUUUUCUUUGACUCACAAGGUCAGUUCUUGGGUAAGCACCGGAAACUCAUGCCUACGGCUCUUGAACGUUGCAUUUGGGGGUUCGGAGAUGGAUCAACCAUCCCUGUUUUCGAUACUCCGAUUGGGAAAAUCGGUGCUGCUAUUUGUUGGGAGAAUAGGAUGCCGUCUUUAAGAACCGCUAUGUAUGCCAAAGGCAUUGAGAUAUAUUGUGCACCUACUGCUGAUGCUAGAGAAACUUGGCUAGCGUCAAUGACUCACAUCGCUCUUGAAGGAGGCUGUUUUGUUUUGUCAGCUAACCAGUUCUGUCGCCGUAAAGACUAUCCUCCACCACCGGAAUACACGUUUUCCGGUUCAGAAGAGAGCCUCACACCGGACUCUGUUGUCUGUGCCGGUGGAAGCUCUAUCAUUUCGCCUUUGGGGAUUGUUCUAGCUGGACCAAACUAUGAAGGAGAGGCUCUUAUCUCAGCUGAUCUAGAUCUUGGGGACAUAGCACGAGCUAAGUUUGACUUUGAUGUGGUCGGUCAUUACUCGAGGCCUGAAGUUUUUAGCUUGAACAUAAAGGAGCAUCCGAGGAAAGCGGCCAGCUUCACGUCCAAGGUAACCAAAGAUGAGACCGUCAAAAUGUGAGAGACCACCGCUCAACGUCAAAGAUUUAUUAUGUAUAUUUUAAUAACAUUCGUCAAGAAUUGUAAUUGAAAUCAUAAUCGGAUCCAAGGUGUUAUGCGUUGAAGAAUAUAUAAUAACAAUUUUUCUUUUCAAAAAAAAAUAUGAAGAAUAUAUAAUAACAUGUCUCUGUUUCCGACCGUGCCAGGUUAUUGUAAAGACAACCCAAAAUUUUCUAUUGUUUACAGAUUUGAUCCAGAUAUUAUUGUAGGAAUCAGGGACACCCUCAUAAUGUACUCCAGUUUCUAGUAAUCUCUCUUGAUAAGAGACUUUAAAAGUUGUUUGUUCUUGAAGAAUUGGUCUACGUCUGUUAUGGAACAAGGAAACUCAACAUGAAGAAGCUCAACUAAUGCAGGUAAUAACCAAGGCUUAAACUGACAGAACAUGAAUCUCCACUUCUGGUCACAGAGAAACCAAUUCUAUCCCAUCAAGUUUAAAAUUUCUCCAUCUCACAAGCAUUACACAA